CUCACUUGUUGACAGAGUUGGUUUGUAAACAAUAGAAGGAUAGCUUCCCGCGGCAGGGGAGUCGACUAGUUAUUUUCAUCCUCGGUGUACAAGAAGAUGACGACAGUCCAGAGAUCCAAGGGCAGCGCAGGCCAUGGGGGCUUCCACCGCUGGGUGAAACUGUCGACAGAUGACCUGCCACUUAUCAGGCCCCCAAGGCACCACAUGCUUGCACACAUGACAGGUGGCCUGGUGCACCUCUAUGAUGCAGUCAAACUCACCAAGAAGGAGGGUGCUGAGGAGUUCAUGACACCUUACCAUGAGGGAGAACAGUGCAAGGAGGACUGCCGUAUUGAUGCAGAAAAGGCUGAGGAGGCAAAAAAUGGCCAUGUAAAUAAUGGUGAAUGUGAGAAUGGACAGGAGGAGGGAGAAAAAAAUGUGGAGAAGGAGGAAAACAAGGUUGGAAAGGAGGAGCAGGAGGAAGACAAGAAAGAAAAAGUGAAGGAGAAAGUGGAGGAGGAGGAAGAGAAGAAGGAGGAUGAGGAGGCAAUGGGAGAGGAGAAUAUGGAAGAAGGGAGCAAGGAAGAAGCAUCUACAACAGACGCACCUGAGGACAAGCCAGAGAAGCAGGAGAGUGUGGAUGAGGAAAACAAUGAAGACAAGAAGGAGGAGAACAGCCAAAAUGAGAAGAAAGAUGACGAAGGAGGAGGGAAGGACAAAGCGAAGAGUGAGGCGGACGAGGAAGAAGAGGAAGAGGAAGAGGAAGAAGGUAAGGAGACCCUUUCGAAAGCAGAGCAGUGUGUCCUUGACGGUGAUGAGCUAGGUAAGGAUGCAACAUUGAAGAGUGAAGAUGAUGAUGAUGAUGAUGAUGAUGAUGAUGAUGGUGAUGAUGAUGACGUCGAUAUGGAAGAUGAAGAGACGACUCCCUACACGGACGAAGAAGGAGAGUUUUCUCCUGAGAAGGACAUGCCUCUUCUUGCUGAAAGAUUCAAGUAUACUCAGGUUUUAGCCAGAGGACAGUCAGCCAUCAUCAUUAAGGUUUUGGACACUUUUCACAAGAACCGGCCAUUGGCGAUCAAAGUUUUGCAUCGUGUUUAUAAGCCCAUUGGGUCACAGGAGGCUGACAUCCUGCUGGAGCUGCAUCGUGCUGAUCCCUGGCUGCAUGUCCCUUUUGCCAGGCUCUUGAACCAAUUUCUGUAUGGGCCACAUUACUGCCUGGUGUUUGAGUACCUGAGCCCCACACCACUGUACACUCACUAUGACCAGAGGGACAUUCGGGAAGCCUCAGCGCUGCCUCACAUCCGUGAUCUCACCGUCAAGCUUCUCACUGUGCUUGGUUUCCUUUACAAGCAGAAUGUUAUACAUGCUGACUUGAAGCCUGAGAAUAUAUUAUUGAAAAGUGAGGAUGACUUGUCUUCCCUGAUGGUGGUGGAUUUUGGGAAUGCCCUGAGGAACACAGAUGAAGAACUCUCCCUUUACUACUCAGACUUUGAACUGCAGACACUUCUCUACAGAGCACCAGAAGUCAUAUUUGGGAUGAAGUUCAGUCUUGAGGUGGACAUGUGGAGUCUGGGCUGCCUCCUGGCUGAGUGUUACCUGGGUGAGCCUCUCUUCAUGGGUAAAUCAAAGAAGGAAAUAUUGAGCAAGAUCACUGAACUCAUGGGACCAUUUCCUCGGGAGUUUAAUGAUGGAGAGUACGCUGAAGAGUUUGCGGAAUUUAUUGGUCGGCCAAUGUCACGGUAUCAGCGGCUGGAGAACUUACGGAAGAGAUUAAAUGACUGCAAGGAUUCGAUGUUCCUCAUGCUGGUGGAGAGGCUUCUCACAUACCUACCUGAUCGACGGUUUACUCCAUUUGAGGCAGCGUGUCAUCCCUUUGUGGCGUGCUCAACCCCCUUUCUGUACCUCACCCCUUCCCCAGGAUAUAUCAGAUACCCAACAGUAUUGCUGGACAUGUCCACAUACCCAUAUUUGCCUGGACUGCCUGAUGAUGAUGAUGAAGAUUCUGCCUCGGCCCACGGACGAAAGCGACUUGCUCUCUUCUCCAGGCACAAACGACCACAGUCUUCAAACACUGGGGGGCUGUCACUGAAACAGGGACAGUGUGCUAAUCAUAAGGACAGGGAUGGCAAGGAUGCUUCAGGUGCAGGAGGGAAGACGGCUACACGUUCAGAUGUGAAGGAGACACUGAAAUCAAUGGGACUUAGGUGUGAAGACUUCACAAUUAGUGUGUACUCGAGGGAACAGGCUCAUGCAAUUUUAAAACGCCAGGGAGUUGAAGUAACUCCAAAUAAUCUUCAGGGUAGAGAUAAAGUAGCAUUGCUAACCAACAAAGGCCUGAAAAAUGUGAAAUCCAAUGAACUUCCAAAGUAUAGCUAUAUGAGAACAGGCAACACACGAAGUGUAGGGCAAGAUGACGAGGAGGAGGAGGAUGACGAUGAUGACUGUGUCAUUCUUGAUCCUCCUGACGUGCCUAAACCUGUUCCCAAACUCCCUCAACAAUUCCAACUGAUGGGGACGACAGUACAGGUGAAUCGGGGAGCCAAGAGGCCAAAUCGACCCUUGACCAACCAACCCCAGGCCAAGAGAUGCAAUGCCCGCCCCAUGAUGUAUUACCGCAACGACCACGAACAGGACAUCGGUCCAGAGGCUUCGGUGCAAGACACGCUCAAAAGGCUAAAGAAUUACAACAUAUCCAUCACUUGUCGACGCAACGCUUCGGGAAUGAGGCCACAGGGAGGCAUGAUGGAUAGUGAGUCAGAUAUGGAAAAUGACAGCCACAUGGACUCUGAUGAUGACGGGGAGGACAUGACCAAGUAUUUAGAAUGCCAAAUUGGGGAGAUUGAGGAAGUUCAAGAUGAAGUAUUUGACGAAGAUUUUGACGUUGACUGUGAUGACAAGAAUGACGCUGACUACAACCCUCGAGGAAAGAAGAGGAGGCAGAACAAGAAGUCUCCAAGGAAGGGUAAAAGAUUAAGCAGUACAGGAGCAGAUAAUAAAGGAAAUGAAGACUCUUGUACUAGUGACAUAACUGCCCUUGUUCCCAAUGUGGAGAUGGCUGAGCUCAGUGACCAUCAAGCAUCAUCUAAUCAUUCAGGGGAACCAGAACAAGACCCACUAGCUGAAGAAAAUGAAGAUGCUAAAGAGUUAAGGGAUAUUUUAGAAAAUGCUACCCAUUUACAGGAGGAUGAAGAGCAAGAAAACAAUCAUAAUACAAACCACGAAAACGAACGUAAAGAGGCGGACGAAAACCACGGAACUGUAAAUGCUGAUGACACAAACGUAGAAAAAGACGACGACGGGAAGGAAGAAACCUUAGGUGAACUUAUAGAAGCAGCAGUAGAUGAAUCGGCAGCUAAUGAUGUUAAUACUGCUGAGGAUGAAGAGGAAGAAGAGAUUGAUGAAGAGUUAGAGAAAGAACUCCUUAGUGGAAAUCUUGAAGAUGGGGAAGAAGGAGAAGAGAUGGAAGACUUGUAAGGAGGAAGCUUCUCAUGAUAAACUAUACCAAACUGUGGAAUGUAAGAUCUGAUGUUACUGAGAAAAAUGCAGGCUCGUCUACUGAAAAUUGUCCUAAAUUAAUAAUACUUUAGUCCUGUUUAUAAAAAAACAAUUUUUAGGGAAUAUAUGAAUUUUCAAAUCAAGUUGUAAUUCAAAUUGUACAUUAUUAAAUUUAAAAUAUUAAUACAAUUCAUUUACUGUGAAGCAAUGCAGACAUGGCUACUUCUCAGAAAUCUUGAUGAAUUAAAGACAGAAACCUAAUGGCAAUAGUGAACUUUAUGUAUCCAAAGAGUAACUCAAGCUCUUGUCCGAGUCCCUUGGCAGAACACGCAGCACCUGAGAGUACAAUGCAUGCAGGUUUAGGGGUUGGAGCGAGUGACUUCUCAUGGUGCAGGAAGCUGUUGAUGGUAUUAGUGAACAUGAAACUCACUUUCUCAUGUUAGAACUGUUGACCUCACCAAGCUGUGCUGGUACCAUGUUUCAAGGUUUUUUUUCCUUGCUUUAUGUACAGGUUUGUACAGUCUCUGUUUUGUGUUUACAGUUUCACUUCAUUUGAAACUAAAGUUUGGGACAUUGACAAAUACAGUAUGAGUAAUUUAUGUAGGAUCAUUACAAAGCAACAGAUUGUAUUUAUUAAUAUAUUGAACUUUUUAUAUAUGAAUUUUUUUAUGGUAAAUGAGGGAAGACUAUGGCUUGCUUGCUUGAUAUUUUAGAUAUUUUAGAUAAUACUGAAGCUGAAGAUUAACAGUACUACUGUCUUCAUCUUUCAUACAAAUAUUGAUACAGAACAAAA